CGCCCUCUUCGAUCACCAAACCGAGCUCGACGCGCAAGGCACAACAGAUGGUAGGCAGGAGCGCUGGAAUUUACGCGUGUUGAUUUAGCUAGAGAAAGUACUUCGUGAACUUCAGAGGACUGUUUGGUGCGUACGAAGCCAGAGAAGGAGGACGUCCAAAAGUCUGUGGAUUCUUUGCUGAAAUUUGCUGUGAAGGGUAGGAGUGGCCAUGCCAUUUGGCUGUUUAACAAUCGGAGAAAAGAAGGAUUACAGUAAUCCUUCUGAGGUGACAGAUAAAUAUGACCUGGGACAGAUUGUUAAAUCAGAGGAGUUCUGUGAGAUCUUCAGGGCCAAGGAUAAGAACACACUGAAAAUGUACACGUGCAAAAAGUUCCUGAAAAAGGAUGGCAGGAAAGUUCGGAAGGCUGCAAAAAAUGAGAUCCUCAUUUUGAAGAUGGUGAAGCACCCAAAUAUUCUCCAGCUGGUGGACGUCUAUGAGACCAGAAAAGAGUACUUUCUCUUCCUUGAACUUGCAACUGGCCGAGAGGUUUUUGAUUGGAUCCUGGACCAGGGCUACUACUCAGAGCGCGACACCAGCAAUGUGGUUCGCCAGGUCUUGGAAGCCGUGGCCUACCUGCACUCGCUGCACAUUGUCCACAGGAACCUGAAGCUGGAGAACCUAGUGUACUUCAACCGCCUGAAGCACUCUAAAAUAGUCAUCAGCGACUUCCAUCUCGCCAAGCUGGAGAAUGGACUGAUCAAAGACCCCUGUGGGACACCAGAAUACCUGGCUCCAGAAGUGGUUGGUAGACAGAGAUAUGGCAGACCUGUAGACUGCUGGGCCAUGGGAGUCAUCAUGUACAUACUGUUGUCAGGCAACCCUCCAUUCUACGAUGAAACUGAUGAUGAUGAUUUUGAGAACCAUGACAAGAACCUGUUCAGGAAGAUCCUGGCGGGAGAUUAUGAGUUUGACUCUCCAUACUGGGAUGACAUCUCAGACUCAGCUAAGAGUCUAGUAGCCCGUCUGAUGGAGGUGGAUCAGGACCUGAGGCUCACUGCUCAAGAGGCCAUCAAUCAUGAAUGGAUUUCCGGAAAUGCAGCUUCAGAUAAAAACAUUAAGGACAAUGUUUGUGCACAAAUAGAAAAAAACUUUGCUAAAGCUAAAUGGAAGAAAGCUGUUCGUGUCACCACCAUCAUGAAGAGACUGCGAGCACCUGAGCAGAGCGACUCCGGGGCAGCAAGCCCCGCUGCAGCCGUCAGCCCUGCAGACGGAGCCCCCGCUCCCACCCAGGCUGACCCCACCGGGACUGCAGCCACAGUCCCAGAGGGUGAGUCUGCUGCUGGCCCAGAGGUCCCUGCAGGUGUGGAGACCAGCCAGGCAACAGCCGAGGCUGCAGCCGAAGUGUGUGUCCCAGCCACUGAACCCGAGCAGGCGAUCCCAGCCCCGGAGGAAGCUGACCCUUCAUUGCGGUGUAAUGGAGAGGCUCCUCCUCCUCUCCAACCGGCAGCUGAGGCUGGAGACGAGCAGAGCUAAGCGCUGGUCCUCUGUCCCUCCUUGUGACAUCCACUAACCCUUGCACACUGUAUAUUAGCUGCUAGCAUGGUGACACUGACUCUGCUUCUCUUUCACUUGCAGCAUCUGUAUCGUCUCACAGAGCCUGUGUGCUAUCUUUCCUGAGUGUUGAAUUGUAUUGGCUUUCCUUUUCCAUGUCUUUUUCCGAACAAUCCUCCCGCUUUAAUAUGGCUUUUUAUGUCUUGAUACUAGCACAUCUUCUUCCAUAUGUUCUAUGAGAACCAGAUUUACUGUAGGCCUAUAAUAUAGCUUACAGCUCAAAUGUUCUCUCUGAACUACACCCUUUAGUGAUAAAAGGGGUAAGACGUUAUUGUGCCAAAAGAGCUUAGAUCUUUUUUAAUGAGACAAGUUUGUGAACUUUUUCCACAGUCCUACUCAUACAGUAUUUAUUUACCAUGGCAGUCAAUACAGUAAUGAACAGCUUUGCUCUUGUGCUGUAAUGUUGACUAUCCACAGUAUUACAGUAAAAACACAUUAAUCUUUUCUUUCCUUUUCAUCAAAGUAUCCUAAAGAAGGUUAAUGUAUUUUUAAUAGCAGUAGCCUAUAUGUUGUGCAACUGUAGGCAGUUGUAGGGUUUCUGCUGAUGCUAGUUAUGGUUACUGGGGUAUGCAAGCCCGGUGCUUGUGAUAGGCAGCUUCCCACUCUUUGCUCCUUUGCCAGCUUUCUGCUCAGGAAAGAACCUCAUGGCUGUCAGUGUAAAGAUUCUGUAUAUAGAGACCUUUGUAGAAGUAGCUGAAACAGCAUGCAUUCUAAGGUUUUGCUGGUUAUUUUGCAUUUGUAAGCACUUGGUUGACAACAAUCGUUUACUGGCCUUUUGACAGGAGACCUAAAGGUAUUUUUCUCCGCCAACCGAUGUCUGUUGUGCGUAGUCCGUGCUCCACAUGGUGAGCUGUUUUGAAAGCACUUUUUUUUUUCAAACAGCCUUCACAGUUCCAUGUACGUUUUGUCAUUCAUACUUUAUAUACAUCACAGAGUGCCACUAAUGUAAAUGUAAGUGAUAUGAAACUAGUCAUGACCUUGUUACAUAUUAGUUACUAUGCAUCAAAGAUUUAUUUUGUAGCUCAUUCCUAUAUUGAUUUAAUAAAAUGCCUCAUGACAUGUAUACUUUUAUCCAUCAUUUAUCAAUGUGUUUCUCACUCAUAUUUUUGUGUUGCUUAUUCUUUUUUAAACCUCAAUGUCCAAAUCAAGUACAAUACUUAGUUCCAGUAUAUAUCGAGCCUUAUCUAGGCAUAUAUAUAUAUACACACACACAUAUAUAUAUAUAAAUAUAUAGCCUUCAUGUCACAUGGGGUACACUAGGAUUGUGUAAUCAUAACUAUUGCUAAAUAGUAAGCCAUUCAUUAGACAUUGCUGUUUUAAAAACAUCUAGAACUCUCAUAUUUAUGUAUGUUUUUAAAUUUAUUUUAUUUAUAUUUGUUUGUUUAUAACCAGAGUGCGAAUUAUACAAUGACAAUCGGGGGGGGGGCAACUUCUUCUCCAGGGAGUGUAUCAUCCCCCCCAACCUGUUGUUUUUACCUCUUUUGGGGGGUCCAAGUCUUAAUUAGGGGGGUCAAGCCCCCCCGUAAUUCGAACCCUGUUUAUAACUGAUUGCAUUCUAUCCUAAUAAUAAUAAUCUACAGAAUAAUAACAAAUUGUCCUAUCUCUGUCACUUUAUUGUCCCCUUUCAUUUCAAUAAUGAGGUAUUUUUCUGUAAUAACUCUAAAUUAAGCAAUAUUCAAUUUGCUGCUGAAACUGUGAUUUAUAUACUGGUGUCCUGUACACAGUGGACGUUUCUGUAAUUGAAAGCCUUUACUGUAGUCCUUGACAACCAUUAAUCCUCUGUCUAGAUGGUCACUUAACAAACACACUGUCAAAGAUGGAGAGCUUGGAUCAUAAUUGUCAUGCUUGUGACCUGAGUUCUUCUGUGCCGCCCUAAGUGCACCUUAUGUGCAGAAGGUAGCUCCUCUCAUGUAACGGUAAAUGUACUGUCUGUUGACAGUUCCUGUAAGAGAUGCACACCAUAAUUGGAUAAAUGUGGUUUAUAAGUGCCCUCAUUG